AUGAAGUCCUACACGACCAUUUCGGCCACUGUGGCCCUCCUCUCCGGAACCACCGAGGCUUUCUGGCGCAUGCCAUGCCACUCCCGAACGGCCUUUGCCCGUCUCGAUCCCAUUGUUGACCCCGGUGUCGCCUCGAGCCACGUCCACGCCAUCCACGGUGGAAGCAACUUCGCCGAGACGACCACCUACGACAUGCUCCGAGACUCGAACUGCACGUCCUGCCAGUUCAGCGACGACAAGUCGGCAUACUGGACGCCUUCCCUCCACUUCAUCCACACCAGUGGCAAGACCGAGGUGGUUCCCCAGGUCGGUGGCAUGCUCGCCUACUACCUGCUUCUCGGAGAGGACCUCAAGGCCUUCCCCGAGGGCUUCCAGAUGCUUGCUGGAGACGGCCAACUGCGCAACUUCACCGGUCCCGUGCCUGACCUGCCAACCUCAUCGUGGACAUCCGACGACAAGACCCAGGUUUCUCUUGGACAGAAGUCUUUGGGCUUCAACUGCCUGAACUACGCCAAGAACCCCGAGGGUUCGCGUUACCGCCACUUCCUGCCCGAUAAGUCGUUCAUGGACGAGAACUGCGCCGAUGGUAUCCGUGCCGAGAUCUUCUUCCCGUCUUGCUGGAACGGCAAGGACGUCAAGAGCGCCGAUCACAAGAGCCACAUGGCCUACCCUGACCUGAUCGACGGCGGUAACUGCCCCAAGGGCUACGAGACCCGUCUCCCAUCGCUCUUCUAUGAGACCAUCUGGAACACAUACGCCUUCAAGGGUAUUGACGGACAGUUCACCUGGUCUAACGGUGACCCCACUGGCUACGGAUACCACGCCGAUUUCAUGAACGGCUGGAACAUCAACACGCUCCAGUCUGCCGUGGACGACUGCACCAACGCCUCGGGACGAGUUGAGGACUGCUCGCACUUCACCCCCAGCCUGCAGACCGAGGCCGAGCAGGGCAUGUGCUACAUCGAGGACAUGCCCAGCAACCUGAAGAACGACGACUGCGACGGCCCAUCCGACGGUCUCUGCGGCAACGUCCCCAUCCAGUUCGGUCCCAAGUACGCCACAGCCCUCGAGAACGGCAACACCGAGGCCCAAACCGCUACCGUCAAGCCCUCGGUCUCCGUCUCCGUCCCCACCCUGUCCUACGCCUCUGCCUCGUCUGAGGCCACCGACAAGUGGGGCGGCGGCGUCUCCGUCUACAGCUCCGCCUCCUCCGAGGCCGCCUACUCCAGCGACGCCGCUUACUCCAGCGAAGCCGCCUACUCCACUGAGGAAAGCGCCGCGUACGCCGCGGCUGUGACUUCUGUCGCCGCCGCCGCAGAGUCCGCCGCUGCACCCCUCAUCACGCCUUCCCCCUCGUCUGGCGCCGACGCCGCCCAGACCUCGGACUGCUCCACCACUACGUACACCAAGGACGGCAUCCUGUACGAGAUCGCUAUCGAGGAGGUGACCGUUACCGUCACCCAGGAGGCAGGCUACAAGGCUCGUCGCCAUGCUAACGCGCAUCGUCGUCGUAGCAAUGUUGGCCAGCACUAG